UCGUUCAAACAAAGCAACACGGGGACGCGGAUUUUCUGAGUGCGCGCACGUAAUGUGGCCGUAAAUACGUCACUGACGCGCGGCCUCGCUCUUUCUCUCGUCCUGAAGAUGGCGGCAGGGACUCUGUACACAUACCCAGAGAACUGGCGAGCCUUCAAGGCUCAGAUUGCAGCCCAGUACAGCGGUGCUCAUCUCAAAGUGGCCAGCAGCCCACCUGCUUUCACCUUCGGGCAGACGAACCGUACACCUGCCUUCCUCAACAACUUUCCUUUGGGCAAGGUUCCAGCCUACCAGGGAGAUGACGGUUUCUGUCUGUUUGAGAGUAAUGCCAUUGCUCAUUACUUGAGCAAUGAAGCCCUUCGUGGUUCCUUUCCUCAGGCUGCAGCCCAGGUGCUGCAGUGGGUGAGUUUUGCUGACUCGGAGAUAAUCCCUCCUGCCAGUACGUGGGUCUUCCCCACCCUUGGAAUCAUGCAGUUUAACAAGCAGGCUACAGAACAGGCCAAGGAGGAUGUGAGGAGGGUACUGAUGCUCCUCAAUCAGCAUUUAAACACUCGUACCUUCCUGGUGGAAGAGAGGGUCAGCCUGGCUGAUAUCAGUGUGGUGUGCUCCAUGCUGUGGCUUUACAAGCAGGUCCUGGAGCCCAGUUUUCGUCAGCCUUACCCCAAUGUGACUCGCUGGUUUGUCACCUGUGUCAACCAACCUCAGUUCAAGACUGUCCUUGGGGAGGUCAAGCUGUGUGAAAAGAUGGCCCAGUUUGAUGCCAAGAAGUUUGCUGAAUUACAACCAAAGAAAGAGACUCCUCAGAAAAAAGAAAAAGGAGGUAAAGAGUCUAAGCCCCAGGAGAAGAAAGAGAAGAAAAAGGAAGAAAAGAAAGAAGAUAAAAAGCCUCCUGCUGAAGAGGAAAUGGAUGAUUGUGAUGCUGUUUUGGCGAAUGAGCCAAAAGCAAAGGACCCCUUUGCACAUCUGCCAAAAAGCACAUUUGUCAUGGAUGAGUUCAAAAGAAAGUACUCCAAUGAGGAUACCCUGUCUGUAGCUCUUCCCCACUUCUGGGAGCACUUUGACCGCGAGGGAUACUCUAUCUGGUACAGCCAGUAUAAAUACCCUCAGGAACUUACACAACUUUUCAUGAGUUGCAACCUCAUCACAGGUAUGUUUCAGCGUCUAGACAAACUCAGAAAGAAUGCCUUUGCCAGUGUCAUCUUGUUUGGAACUGCCAAUGACAGCAGCAUCUCUGGGAUCUGGGUCUUCAGAGGCCAGGAACUGGCUUUCCCUCUGUCUCCGGAUUGGCAGAUCGACUAUGAAUCCUAUGACUGGCGUAAGUUGGACCCAGACAGUGAGGAGUGUAAGACCAUGGUGAAGGAGUAUUUUGCCUGGGAGGGUGAUUUCAAGCAUGUAGGCAAAGCUUUCAGCCAGGGCAAGAUCUUCAAGUGAGAGGACACUGGGCAGUAUUAUCAAAAGGACUCUAUGCUUCUGCUCUCAAACACAUAAACCUACAGACUUUUGGCAACCUCGUGCUUGCUAAACUGCAAGAUUGAUGGUGGAAGGUGUUUCAAGAUGUGUGAAUUUUUGUUUGUGGCCUCAAAAUGGUUUUGUUGUGACCUGCGAAAUAAAGCAUUUUCCACAGUGCCA